UAGUCCUGUGCCAUCCAGGGAGUCGCACGCGCACGGAGUGUGACUUCGACCCACCCGACUCCUGGGUUUCUCCUACUUGGCGCAGCACGGACGCUCUGACGGCUGCUUCCGCCUGCAGGACGAAGUGACUCACUGCAGGCCGAGGAGCAGAUAAUCGUUUCGAGAGCUCCGCGUGGACUGUCAACAACAAGACCAUGGAGCAUCUGCCGGACGACGUGCUGGCGAUGGUGAUGCAGUACCUUGGCGUGCACGACCUCCUCGCCUGCCGCCUCGUGAGCAAGAGGGUCGGGGCGCUGGCCCUGCACCCGGACGCGUGGCGCCACCGGAGGCUGGGCUUGGGCUCAGCCCGCGACUUCGACAUCAACUUUGACGACAACCGGUGUCUGUGCCCGGUGCUGCGCCUGGCCCCGUGCGUAGCCGUGCUGGCUCGGUACCUGACUCGACGGCACCUACCCUGUCGCCUGGCGGACGACUCGAUGAGGUGCGCCGCCGAGGAGAUAUGGAUCAACGUGCGGAAGGACAUUUCUUCGGACGUCUUCGAGCUGAUCCGCCGGCAGGGAGAGCUCGGCCGGCUCAAAGUGAUUUCGAUGAACCUUAUCGGUGACGCACCCGUCGCCGCGGCCAUGGAGGCGGUGCUGUCAGUGAAGGGGCUGAAAGGACUCAAAGUCAUGACCAUCCGACUCCCAGGACGGGAACUCGACGAGAUCCCGGCGAUGGCAACCCCUUCGCUGCACACCCUGAAGCAUUUUGAUUUCCGCCUGGGUCCCGAGUCGGAGCGCUUCGUGAACUCCAUUCUAUCAGAGCAUGCCACCACCAUCGAGAAAGUCGCCCUCGAUGGCUACCUAUCGAGCGAUCUGUCGUUGACCUCCACGGCGCCGCUGCUCGCCACCAUGACGCGCCUGCGCGAGUUGAGGUGCCCAGCCCUCCCCGGGCUGGAGGCCGUGGCCGCCUGCGAGUCGCUCCGGACCCUGCGCCUUUCCGUCUGCUCCGAGACUCUUUCUUAUGAUGAAUACAAACUCAGUCACAAACAUGAUUCUCCAAUUUUGGUCUUGUUUGUUACAGCUUCACAUUGA